CUCCUCCUCCUUUGCUCUCAGCGGGAGAGCGGCGCCAAACUCAAAGGAGCCCAAGAUGGCGGCGGAGACUCUCUUCAGUCAGUUGGUGCCUGUCCAGGUCAAGGGCCAGGGAGGCCACGACAGGAGAAUAAAUGUUCGUGUGAGUAUUGAACUGCAAUCAACAACAAAUCCCAUUCAUAGAAAGGAUUUAGUUGUUCGGCUAACUGAGGAUUCUGAUCCCUUUUUUCUAUAUAAUCUUGUUAUUUCUGAGGAAGAUUUUCAAAGCUUAAAACUCCAGCAGAGUCUUCUGGUAGAUUUUUCUGCUUUCCCUCAGAGAUUUAUAGAUCUUCUGCAGCAUUGUAUCCAAGAACAAAAUAAAGACAUCCCAAGGUUUUUGCUACAGUUGAUUUCAUCAGGAUCAAGUUUAGAUCAUGCGCCAUCUUUUUUAAACGUGGUUGAGACCAAUCCAUUUAAACAUCUUACCCACUUGUCCCUAAAAUUUUUACCAGGAAAUGAUACCGAAAUCAAGAAGUUUUUGGCAACCUGUCUGAAAUGUGUUAAGGAAGAAAAAUUGCAGCUGGAACAAAAACUUAGCAAAACAGAAGAGGAUCUUAAGAGACAGCUGAGUUACACCCAGCAGAGUUUAUCAGAAAAAAGCAGGGAACUGGACAAGUUAAGAAAUGAUUUGACAUCCAGAACAGCAUCACUAACUAGCAAGCAUAAUCAGGAGUUGGCAUACGAAAAGGAAAAAGCUCUCCAGACACAAGUGCAAUAUCAACAACAGAAUGAGCAACAGAAAAGGGAUUUGGAAAGCUUGCAUCAGAAAACUGUCCAGCAGCUGCAGACCAGGUUAAAUGAGCUGGAAAUUGCAAACAAGGAGUUAAUGGAAAAGAGAUACAAAGGAGAUUCCACAGUCAGAGAACUUAAAUCCAAACUGUCUGGCAUAGAAGAUGAAUGCCAGAGAGCAAAGCAAGAGGUUUUGUCACUACGUCGAGAGAAUGCUACCCUAGAUGCUGAAUGCCAUGAAAAGGAAAAACAAGUUAAUCAACUGCAGAUGCGAGUUGCAGUUUUAGAACAGGAAAUCAAAGAUAAGGACCAGCUAGUUAUGAAGACAAGAGAAGUAUUGGAUGUAACACAAGAGCAAAAGGCGAGCCUGGAAGAAAAUACAGAAAAGAAACAAAUUGAGAUAGGAAAAUUAGAAGGAACCCUGAAGUCCUUAUCAGCUGAACUUCUUAAGGCCAAUGAAAUAAUAAAGAAAUUGCAAGGAGAUGUCAAAACUUUAAUGAACAAGUUAAAACUCAAAAAUACGGUAACAAUCCAGCAAGAAAAACUCCUGGCUGAAAGAGAAGAAAAAUUGCAGAAGGAGCACAAGGAGCUACAACAGGCAGAAAGUACUCUUCGGGGAAAAGAACAAGAGGUGUGCAGAUUACAGGAACAAUUAGAAACUACAGUGCAGAAACUGGAAGAAAGCAAACAGCUUCUCAAAACCAAUGAAAAUGUCAUCACAUGGCUAAAUAAGCAACUGAAUGAAAUUCAGAUGACAAGAAAGCAAGAUAUGUUAGGAACAUCUACUUCUCCUAGCAACAUAACGACGAGAACUGGCAGUUCACCUCACAGUAUGGCUGAUAGUAGAAUCCCUUUUUUGGGCUCAGGGUUGAGUUAUCCCAUCUCCCCUUUGCUACCUUUUCAAAACUUCCCAGACACAGCAUUUGUCAAAAGCACCAAUCAGCAGGCUUUGGGAGCAAAGCAGGUUCAGUUCAACAUGCAACUUCAAGAAACCAACAAAUGUCCAGAAGCACAGCCAGGAAUCCCUGUGUUGGGGAAUCAUUCAACAAAUAAAGAAAAUGGUGAAAACCUGGGAUUGGAUGCAAAGUAUCUGAAGAAAAGGGAGGAUAGUAUUCCUUUACGUGGGCUCAGUCAAAAUACAUCUCACAACCCAGCAGGACAACCAAAGUCAACGGCACUGAAAAACACACAGAUACCAUCCAAACCUGGAGCACUUUCUAGAACCUCUGCUUAUUUUCCUGGAUAACAGAUAAAACAUUUUACUAUAAUAAAUGUGUUAUGAGCAGUUUUGAAUUCUUGAUUAUUAAUGUUCAAGUACAUUCACUAAAGUACCAACGUUAAAUUUCAAACAUUGAAAUUCAAAGAUUUUUCUACAAUUUAAUAUCAAGAAGCUAGCAUUUACCUGAAAUAUUUUAAACAUAUUUUAUGUAAAUCGUUAGUGUACCAUCACUGACUUCAAACAUAUGGACUAUAAUUGGUUAUUAAGUAAUAACCAGCUAUUGAAGUUGUGUACUUGAGAAUAUAAAGGGACUUGCUUUCGAUAGCCAUUAUCAAAGGUGCCAUCAUAAAAGACUUACAGUUGUUCUCCCAUGCCAGAGACUGCUUCUGGAACAAGCACCUCAGAGGGUAAAAAAACCCACCCUUAUCUAGGAAGUCUUCAUCUUUUUCUGUGAAGCCUGUCAAAGCCAUGUUGUAUUUUUGUCUUUAAAACUUUCAUCACAUGCUCGGAGUUAUCAACCUUGACUCAUCACUAAUAUAACUAUACCAAGAAUAACUUUACAGACAUUUAUUUUUAAUGGCAAGUUUACAAAUGUAGGCAAUGCGUAGUGGUACAACCACCUGGCCAAACUGUAAAUCUUCAGUCUGCAUGUCUGGAACCUACAGUUUGACCACGUGACUGCACUGUUUAAAUGUCAACAUUUUCUGAGUGCAUGAGCAGAAAAACAUUAAAUGAAUGUAUAACUGUUAGAUUUCUAAACUUCAAUAUUUAUAGUUUGGAAAUGAGUCCAGCUCAGUGGAACUGCUCAGUAACAUGGUUUAGGAUUGAGGUGGAAAACCAUCUUGGGAUUUGUGAAUGUGGUUAAUUUUGUGUGAUAUUAAAGAAGAGUAGCUAGUUUUUUUGUCUGGUAUUAAAAAAGCAAUACUUAAAAUUGCUGAAUUCAGGCUUUAAAAUGCCAAAAACAAAGCACUUAAAAGUUGUAUGGAUGUGUGGCUGUUUAGAUGUUGAUAGAUCGCAGCUCCCUUCAGGCCUAGCUAGCAUAACCAAUGGGGAGUAAUGCUGGAAGUAACAUAGAGAGUGUUGUAUGUUUUCCCAUCCCUGCCAGAUUUUGCUAAAAUGUUUGCAUCUGCUAUUUGUGCUGAAUUUAGUACAGUUCACUGCAGAAUUUUAAAGGGUUUUUAGCAUUUAAUUUUGAAAUAUAUAGGGCAAAUUAAACAUUCUGUCUGGAGACUAGUCUGUAGCGUAGUAGCAGGUGUUCAGCAUUUGAAUCAAAGCAUAGGAUGAUAUACAUUUUUUCUGCUAAUAAGUCUUGCUUUUAACUCUGGAAUGUCUUAAAAGUGAUACCGGAGUUGGAGAUUAUGUCACUAUGCAUUAUAUAAAAUUAUUUAUUCUCCUUGAAGAACUUCUGUACAGAGGCCAGAUCCUGGCUUGCACCUUGCACCUUUAUUCUUGCUGGAGUCCACCAUUUCCUUUAAGUCGCUAAAGAAGUCGCUCCUGAAAACUGAGACUCUGGAGUAGCAUGUGAGAAGACAUCAGAGGCUUGAAAGGGGGGGGGGGUAAAUGGGGCAAUCUCUGAUUAUUUUGAUCAUGCUGCCUUCUCCAGCAGGAAGCCUAUUAAAUUGUGGCUUCGUUUGCAAACGUAAGGGCUUCUUCCAUUUGUCAAGGGGCAUGUUUGGAUCCCACCCACUGAAAAAUGAGUGGAAAUCAGCAAGAAUUUAUAGAGCAUCGACCAGUUUUAAGUGCUUUGGGUUUGCAUUGAAAUCAGUGAAGAUUUGAGCACCUUUUAACUCUGCUUAACAUCUGUGGAGUUUCAAAGUAUGGGGGCUGGAAAAUGCCCAUCCUUCAUUCAUUCUCAUUUUGGCACCUGAUUUUGCUCAUGUUCAGUUCUUUAGAUUGUGUUCCAGACAGAACUGGCAUAACUAUAUUAAGAUUUUGUCAAGUAGGUAUUUUGGUGAUUCUCACACCUGUAUACUAUGAAUGCUAUUAUACUAUGUGGUUUAAAAGUAAGCAAAAUUUAGCUAUUUUGGUUCACUUUCAAAUAUUUUAUAAGCAGGUGAUAUUAGAAUCUUAAUAACCUGCCUAUUUUUUUACACAGGUAAAAUUGUGAUCCUGUAUAUUUUUGACAAAUGUAAAUAUAACUGAAAUCUUAUGUACAGUUGAAUCUUUUGCCGUGUAAAAUUUGUACAUUUGUCUAUAAUCAGAAUGCAGUGCUCAUAUUUAUAUCUAAAUGCUGUUGUCAGUAAAUUUUCAAAUAAAAGGAAAGUUAAUUUCCAUCA